AUGGAAAUCUUGGAUUGUGGCGUGGAUUUGUCCGUUCGGCGGGAAUCUGACCGUGAAAUUGACCCUGGCAAAGAAAAACACAAUUGUGGUGAACAACUUCCGCUCGAUUGGGAUGACGAUCGUUAUCAGGAUGGUGCAAAUCAAAAUAAUUCACCAGCUAUUGAGCCAGCAACAACUGAUAAGUUUAUUCUUUCUCUUAAUAUAAUAAAACUAUGUUUCACAGAUAAUACUAAUUCGAUUGAAUCGAAAGAAUUCAUGAAAAAAUUGACCGGUGCAUUUCACAACAAUGAAAUGGCAAAAGGCACAUCCACUCAAUUGAUUGCUGAAUCAUUCCGUAUUCGUCGAGCUUAUUUACAAUCUGGUCAAAGUAUGCAACAGAUUUUAAAUGAGAUGCCUUUUACACAAAACAUAACAUUUAUCAAACUGGAAUUUGAACUUGUUACUAAAGUGUCAUUAAUGGUUGCUACUGAACGCAUUCAGAAGUUUCUGGAUAACAUUAUUUCAUAUGAAACCUAUGGUAAAUUACCUGAUGAAAAUGUACGUAUGAAUAAUAUCUGA